AUGUCCACAAAGACCUCAGACCGGCCGCUAUCCAUCUUCGCCAAUAUGACUGGAUUCGAUAGAUUCUUGUCUUUUAAGCCGUAUAAUGCGAGUUGGCGCCAGCAUCGCAAGAUGAUGCAUCAGUCUCUUGGAACGGAAAAGCUGUCGGCUCAAUAUGACAGUGUCCAAGACCUGGAAUCAGGACGACUCCUUCUACGAAUACUGGCCGAGCCAAGAAGCCUCAUUCAACAUUUUCAAACCCAAGCAGCUGCCAUCAUCCUGCGCAUAACAUACGGCUACGCCACUGAGCCUCACAGCUCAGAUCCCUUGGUUGGCAUAAUUGAACAGAUGAUGGAUAACUUGUCCAAGACUUUUGUGCCGCUUUCAUGGGUUGUCGAUAUAAUUCCAGCGCUAAGAUUUCUACCCAACUACGUGCCUGGCAUAUCAUUCAAGGCUACAGCCAGACGAUGGUACGCAAUCAACGAUUUUGUUACUCGCGUACCGUAUUUAUUUGUACGGCAACAAAUGGUUCAAGGAAAUCACCGGCUAUCCCUCGUCUCCAACUUUCUCAGCGACGGCAUGGAAAAAGACGGAGGGGAAAACAUCGACCCCGACACAGAGAACACCAUCAUGGCAGUAGCUGGACAAAUCUACGGCGCCGCUGCAGAUACUACCAUAUCGGUCCUGAGCGCCUUUGUCCUGGCCAUGGUAAUGUUUCCCGAGGUCCAACACAAGGCACAAAAGGAAAUCGAUACCAUGAUUGGAAGUCGGCUUCCCGAGUUUCAAGACAGGGAAUGCCUGCCAUAUGUUUCGGCAGUUGUCAAGGAGGCUACGCGAUGGUUUCCGAUUACACCAAUUAUUCCGGCUCAUGCGGCUAAUACCGAGAUACAUUACAAAGGAUAUCGUAUCCCCAAAGGAUCAUGUAUAAUUGCCUCCAGCUGGUGGCUGCUUCGGGAUCCUGCGACAUACCAUGAUCCAGAUUCGUUUAACCCUGAGCGGUUUCUCAUACGAAACGAGCCUGAUCCGGCGACUGUCGUAUUCGGCUUUGGACGCAGAAUCUGCCCCGGUCGAUUCUUUGCUGACAAAAGCUUGUUUUUGACAAUAUCACGCAUAUUGGCACUGUUUACUAUUAGCAAGGACGUAGGAGAGGCUAGGCUUAAACUCACCCCGGGAUUGAUUGCGCACCCAGAAGAGUUUCCGUUUAAAAUUGCACCUAGGAGUCAAUUACAUGCUGAACGAGUUAGGGAUAUUGAGAAGAACAACCCAUGGGAACAAGGAGAUGCUAGCCUUCUUAGAAUGAAAUAA